AAAAAGCUUCGUGAAAGUAUCAAUCGCGGUUAUGAAAGGCUUCAAAACCUGAUUCACUUUGGGUUUGCCAUGAGUAAGGCAGACAUGUUACAGAAUGCUGCCUCUCUUUUAGAAAAUCAACAAAAUAAGAUAUCUAUAUUAUUAGCAGAAAACAUUUACCUUGUUGAACUCGUUGAAAAAUUAAAAAACUACUAUAAUAAUUAUAUUCGUCUGAAUGAAGAACUUGAUGAGAAAAAAAUUGAAAUCGAUCGUCUGAAUUUAAAACUUGAUGAGAUGGAAGA